UCCAGGUCACAUGCCGCUGCUGGCCGGCACACGCGCACGCGCAGAGUGGGGGCUGUCGGGCUGGGCCGGCGGUGGCCGAGGAGGAGGGUGCCGGGCCCGGCUCCUGUCAGCGCGCGCGAGCGGCCAUGGAGCCGGCGCGGGAGAGGACAACACCCGUAUGACGAAAGAAAGAGCAGUAUGAUGGAUUCAGAAGAUCUUGUCCUAACAAGUUCAAAGCAAGAUAUUGCUCAUCACAUUGUAAAAGUUAGCUCGGGUAAACAUUAUUUUUGUGGAUAUUGUGCAGCCUUCACCAAUAUAGCAAUCACCUUUCCCAUCCAGAAGGUCCUCUUUCGACAACAACUGUAUGGAGUGAGAAUAAGGGAUGCAGUGUGUCAGUUACAGAACGAUGGAAUCCGAAACCUGUACCGUGGACUCCUCCCUCCAUUAAUGCAGAAAACUACAACUCUUGCCCUGAUGUUUGGCUUGUAUCAGGAUUUCUCCUCCCUGCUCCAGAGGCACACAAAUGCACCUGAACUUGUGACUUGCAGUGUGGCAGCAGUGCUUGCAGGAACCACAGAAGCUCUUCUUACACCUUUUGAGCGGGUCCAGACUUUGCUUCAGGACUACAAACAUCAUGACAGAUUUACAAACACUUACCAGGCUUUCAAGGUGCUAAAAGACUAUGGAAUUAAAGAAUAUUAUCGGGGUUUGGUACCUAUUCUGAUCCGAAAUGGACCGAGUAAUGUACUCUUUUUUGGUCUGCGAGGACCCAUCAAACAGUGUCUGCCUGAAGCAACUUCUUAUAGUGCUCAUUUGGUCAAUGACUUUAUCUGUGGAGGACUGUUGGGUGCCAUGUUGGGAUUCUUGUUUUUCCCAAUGAAUGUUGUAAAAGCUCGCAUGCAAUCUCAAAUUGGUGGGGAAUUUCAGUCUUUUCCAAAAGUUUUCAUGAAGAUUUGGCUGGAACGUGAUAGAAAACUGACACGUCUUUUCAGAGGAGCUCAUCUGAAUUACCAUCGCUCUAUUAUAUCCUGGGGCAUAAUCAAUGCAACAUAUGAAUUCUUGCUUAAGUUAUUAUGAAAAAUGUUACCUUCUAUGAAGUCCCUUGGCUCAGUUGGGUAGUGGCACAUGGAGGUUACUUAUUUCCUAGGAUCAAAUUUGUCAUAAUCAGACCUGUUCAUGAAUAACAUUGAAAUUUGGAGAGCUUAAUUGCAAAACGGUGGUUACAGCAGGGAGAGAAGUAAUUUUUACCAAUGCCUGCUUAGUCUGAAAGGUAAUUACAGUCAGUCUUCAUUAAUGGUCUUCAAUCUUUAUGGGGUGAAUGUUGGCAUUGUGUCUAGAUCUUAAUUUAAGAAAAAUCAGUUUGCUCAAAAGUGCGCUCUUUAUUAAAGUAUUUAGAUGCUGGAAGGUGAAUUCACCCAUACCUGAAUAAACUAAUUGAAACUUACUUUCUCUUUAAAUAUUGGCCUUGGCCUAGAAACUUACUCCAGGUCACCCUCAACCUUUCCUAACACUCCUGGUGAUCAAAACUAUGCUUGAUUGUGCACUUUGUGGAAUAUGAAAGUGAGGGAGGCUGACAAAAGCUAUUUAGUUUCCCUACUUGGUAAACUUGGAAGGUAUGAUGUAGCUGAUGCAGUUGUUGUAAGAGUACUCUGAACUCCCAUAAUGUUUCAGGUUUCCCAGGUAUCUUUACUGUUUGAAACCAGACUGCCAACUUUUAAUGAGGAUGGUGUUACUUCUCAACUAAGCCUUAAGAUUCAACAAAGCCUACAUGAAUUAUUUUUGCCAGCUGGUUUUUGCUAGUCUCCUAAUAUGAAUGCCAUCUUGUCAAGCAACAUAAGGUAGCUACUAAGGCUAUGUCUACAAUGCACUUUUUUAACCAUUUUUUUACGACAAAAAGCACUGGUGUGGACAGUGCUUUAUCGGCAGGAGAUGCUCUCCUGCCCACAAAGCAACUGCCCCUCAUUGGAGGUGACUUUAUUUUGCCAGCAGGAGAGCUCUCUCCUGCCAUCAAAGAGUGGCUACACCGGGGACCUUACAGCGGCACAGCUGUGCCGCAGUGUAGACAUAGCCUACAUUUUCAACUUCAGCAUAAGCUGAUCUAGUGCAAAGUAGGGGUAUGUGUACUUAUGUGAUAAGGGAGUAGCGGGUGAGGGGGGGCGGUGGCGGGGAAAUGAAACAAAUUUUAUCUAAAAAGCUUUAAAGUGUCCUUCAUGUUACAGUAUCACCUAUUUGUGAAUGUAGAGUCUUUUAUUUUGUCUUUUGUGCUGCUUAGUUUCCGUUGCAAACAGGCAUGGCGCCAGAAAGAUAACGUGGUUUCUGCAACAUUAACAUGUACAGAAGUCGUAUGAAAACUGACGGGAGUCAAAGUACUUUGUAGACAGCUUUUGUUGUAUUAAGGUAACAUAUGUCCUUUUGCAACUAUUUUUACUUCCUUCAUGUGAGGUGGUAGCAUAACUGAUCACUUCAGUCAGUAUUUUUAGCUGAAACUUGCUCUACCCUCCAUUUUAUGCCUUGUUCAGGGUAUAUCACUGUAGUGGAAAAGGCACUCCAAUACUAUGGCGAGGAGGACCAUAUAAGCGCUGGGCUUGGGGGUUUCUCUGUGAUCAUUUAAUCAUGUUGAUAAACACUCUCAUAAAUAUUAAACAAAAGGUAAUGUACUUGGUAUUCAGGUGGAUGUGCUUUAAGGCCUUGGAGAAGAGAGGGCAGGAACACAAGUGUGAUUACCAAACUAGUGGUCUUCAUAUAAAAAAAUGACUAAUUUUUUUGUAUAUUUUUAUGCAAAAAUGAUUCAUAAAGUAUUUUCAUAUUUUGUGGUGACCAGGAAAGCUUUCAGAAAUUUUGGAUGUUUUUUUAAUUUUAGAGUGAACAUUACUUUAUGUAUCCUUAAGUUUUCAAAUGCUUAUGGUUUUUACUUUCUUACCCCAUUUCAGUUGUUCACUUGACAUAACUGCCCCUAAAUAAUUACUCCCAAACAGUAUGUCCUAUUUCUUUAUAAUCUAGCUCUAUACUACGAAGCUUCACAGUCAAAGAUAGCCAAACACAAAUAAAGCACAUUGAUAUUUUGAAUGUUGUGAUUCUAUGGAUUUAAAUAUACUGUCUGUUGGAUGUUACUGGUGGAAUCUGAUUUUACCAGUGUAUUGUUUUUGUAACCUUUCCUUGAUGGAAUAAAACAAAAGAAAAUCUGUUUCCCUGGCCUUAGUUUUUUGUAGCACAUAUUUUAUACUUUUAUUUUUUCCUAAUAGUGUGUUACUGGCACUUGAGAAAAGAACAUAAGUUGGAGCAAACAAAGCGAGUGUUAGCAAUUAUAGUUCAAUAAAACAGAACAUUUGUUGAGGCUUGGCCUCAUGCUGGUUUGUUACUAUACACCACUUCACAAGGGAAGAGCCAAGAACCUCUUCCAACUCCAUUUUCAACUUUUAGGUCAUGGUUAUCAGGAGUUUAAAGAGGAUGUCAGGCAUGGCUAAAUGUCUCUUAACAGAAUUAUACAACUUGGUUAUAUUCUGUGUACAGGAGAGUUGUCAGUGAAGUUAAUGGGAAUGCAAAAGAUGAGAUCUCUUGGGUUUAAUAAAGAUUUGAUAGUAUCGGAAAUUAUAUUCCAGUGAUUUAAUAUGAGGAUUAUUGGAUGGCCUUAAGUCUGUAGGCAAAGGUUAAUGAUAAACAAUGUGUCAAGUUAGAGACAGGUAGGUUGUGGCAGAAUGCAACAAAUUAGUAUUUGAGUAGGUCCAGAUUACUAUUUUCAUCUGAGCUGGAGGAACAUGUACUGUGCAGUUUAGUAAACUGGGAUGGGUAGCCAGUAUCAGUAAGAUAAAUAGUACCAAGGGAGCUACAGUGUUAAAAUGGACAAAAACGAAUUGGAUGCAGGCGUGGGAAAGAAUGAUUGAGGUGGGAGAGUGUGCUAAUACAAGUAUGGUCCCUGCUCCCAAGGAGUUCAGUCUAGUUACUACAGAGGCUAGAUUGUUCUAGGAAUAAGUGUUUGUGUCAAAUGACCCAAAACAGAAGCAUGGAUUAAGGAGCACUGAUGAGAAUGGGAGAAGAGAACCCUUAUUAGACUGAAACAACGAGGCAUCCUUGUGGCACCUUAGAGACUAACAGAUUUAUUUGGGCAUAAGCUUUCAUGGGCUAGAACUCACUUCAUCAGAUACAUGGAGUGGAAAAUACAGGAGCAGGUAUAAAUACAUGAAAGCAUGGGAAUUAGACUGUAAGCUGCAUUUACAGAGAUGUGCUGGAGCAGGGAAGUCCAUCUGACUCCAGUCAGGCUAGCUGGAACAUUAUUCAUGUCUCUGCUCAGUAUCAAAAUGAAGUAGGAAAAUCAGUAAAAGCAGAGUACCAAGCUAUUAGGGUACUGAUUCAGACACAUGGGGUAUUAGAAAACAUACUGAUGGACACAAGUUGGCAUUGUGGAAGAUUGUUACAAAAUAUCUCUGCUUAAAUUUUAUUAAGCUAACUUUUGACUUAUUACCCCCAUCUUGGUGAACAACUUAAAUGUUUGUACCUAUUCUUGCUAUUAGAUUAAUCUGAAUAAAUGUGGGCAGGUUUUUUUUUGGUUGCCUUUCCUGGGGUUACAUGCAUUUCCCAUAUUUCAUAUUUCCUAACUGCCAGCAUUGUAUGAGAUGUAGAUAGGUGGUUUGAUGUACCAGUCUCUUGCACCAGGUGAGUCAAUCUAAUAAAAGUGGAGAUACAGUAAUGUAGGUUGCUCUUUUGUACCAGAUGCUACAUCUGAUCUCCAGAGCCUUCUCUAGCAAAGGCAAAAGCUGUGAUAAUAGCAAACACUGACAGUGUGCAAAAAGAUUGACUGUUUAUUUUUGUGAAUGACUGGUUCUUUUUCACCCCUUGAAAGGGAUAUAAUAUUUAGUGAAAUAAAGAUUCUCAAGUUGAAGGAGUGGCUAGGACUGGAAGCAAAUAGUGCAGUUAAUAGCUCUCCAGCCUAUGUGGUUCUGUUAGAAGUAUGGAAUAUAUCUUAACAUUGGGAAAAAUGCAC